AUGCCUGGCACGUCGCUGCCGCUGUUGCUGUUGCUGCUGCUGCUGGCGGGGGCUGGGUCCGACCCGGCCCGGCCCCCGGCGGCCCUCUGCGUCCUCCGCAGCCCGCUGGCGGCCGGCGUGCUCCGCUUGGAGGCGUCCGACGGGAAGGAGCUCCUGAGCGCCACUUGGGCGCCCCGACGACGCGCCGGCCUGAGCGGCUGCAGCGUUUCCGCAGAGCCCCGGGAGGUGGCCGCCUUCCUGAGCCGCUGUUCCGCGGGGGCGCAGGAGGAGGAGGAGCCCGACUUCCCCGGGAUGGAAGAAGCCAAGGCGGCCUGCCUCGACGGCGCGGAUGGCAGAGAGGCUUCCUCCCGGCGCCGGACCAAGCGCGGCUUCACCUACCCGGGGACACUCUGGUGCGGAGCCGGCAACAUCGCGGAGAGCUACGAAGAACUGGGUACCUAACGGGAGAUGGAGAAGGCGCGGGGCGGGAGGGGACGGAGGAAGGGGGGCUUCUCCAGCCAGGAGCCUCUUGCUUCGCCAACUUGGCGCCCUCCGGAUACUUGGAAACGGGGCAGUGUUUGUUUGUUUGUUUGUUAAAUAACUUUUUUAUUCAAAAUUAAAACAAAACAUAUUAUCCAGAAACAUAUCAUCCUUACUCCCCCCCAUUUUUCCUCCCUCCCCCCACAGAACCCACCCACCCCCACCCCACCCCCCGACUUCCCUCAGUUCCAGUCUUUUGAUUUCUCUAAAAAUGCUGUUUUCUGCAUGUUACACAGUUGUAUAGAUCCUCAAACUAUUUAGCUGCUUAUUAUCAAUAAAAGGUUUGUGAAUGUUUAUUCAACCCAGCCAAGGAGAUCAGUUCGCUUUGUUGCGUCUUCAGAUACUUUGUAAAGAGUUCCCAUUCAUCUUUAAAGUCACAGUUAUCCUUGUCCCGUAGCUUAUGUCAGUUUCGCCAGUUCUGCAUAGUUCAUCAAUUUUUCUUGCCAUGAUUCUUUAGUUGGUGUUUCUUCAGUCUUCCAUCCUUCAAUCCUGAAGACUGGAAGGAUGGAACAGCGUAAUGUUUGAGAGAGGCAGUGUGGUGUAGUGCUUAGAGGGUCGGGCUAGGACCUGGGAGAUCAGGGUUCGAAUCCCUCACUCCGCCAUGGAGCUCAUCGGGUGUCCUUGGAGCAGACACUGCCUCCGUCAGCCUGACCUACCUCACAGGGUUGUUGUCGGGAGUCAAUGAGCGGGGUGGAGAACCAUGUUACUCCACCUUGAACUCGCACCCAUGGCUUCAAGUUGCAAAAAAGAAAGGAAAUUCCAACUAAACAUCAGGGGGAACUUUCCGACAGGAAGAGUGGAGUCUCCUUCCCUGAAGGUUUUUAAGCAAAGGUUGGGUGGCCAUCUGUCAGAGAUGCUUUAGCGGAGAAUUCCUGUAUUUCAGGGGGCUGGACUAGAUGACCCUUAGGGUACCUUCCAACUCUACAAUUCUGUGAAGUGAAAUGAAAUGAAAUAAAUAAAUAAAUAAAUAAAUAAAUAGUUGCACCCCACUCUGGGACCUUAGGAUGCAGGGUAGGUAGUAAAUUGCAAUAAUGUUAAUAAUAGUAAUUAUUAUUAUUAUUGAUGAUGAUGAUUGAUCUUAGAAUCUAAGGUCUCUAGGGAAAGUCAGAGCUAGGAGCAUAGCUGUCAACUUUUCCUAUUUCUUGUGAGGAAUCCUAUUCGGAAUAAGGGAAUUUCCCUUUUAAAAAGGGAAACGUUGACAGCUACGGCUAGGAGUCAUCAAUUUAAUUAUUUAUUUAUUUAAAUAAACAUCCACAUUAUUGGCAUCAGAAAAUGUUUAGAAGAUAUUGAAAUAAGAUGAUGCAUUUAAUUUUCUUUUUAUGUUUUUAGGUUUGAAGUUAUGUUAUUAAUAACAUUUUCUGUUAAGAGAUAGCAAAGUGGGUGAAAAUAUAAGCAAACCAGAAACGCAAGUUGGAGGAAGUCUUGGAGGGGAGGGAGGAAUAUAUAGUAAAAGUUAAGAAUUUGAGAUGUAAUGAAUGAAAAUGAAAAAUGAAUAUUUUUUUUUUAACAAAAGAGCUCAGAGUCAUCAAUGAACAUCUUUUUCUUCUCCUCUUAGAAAUGUGUCAUAGAAUCAUAGAAUUGUAGAGUUGGAAGGGACCUGAGGGUCAUCUAGUCCAACCCCCUGCAGUGCAGAAAUCUCAGCUAAAGCAUCCAGGACAGAGGGCCAUCCUGUGUCCUCCUGUGACCACAGCUAUGUGAUGAUGAUGGGGGCUGACCGGAGGAGGAGCCCAAAACCCCUUAAGGGCAGCUGCUUGGCUUGGACCAGGGAAGGUGGCAGUGCCCCCUAAGGGGACUGUGGGAUUACCUGGGGGGUGCUAAGAUGCCAGGGGGCAGCAAAAAGCGCUGGAGGUGCAAGCAACUCUCAGACUUUGAAGAGCUGGCAUUGCUCAUCAAGUUCAUCAGUUUUGUUGAAUUAACCAAACUAAGUAGUUAAAGUGGAUUUUGAAUAGACAUGCAGUCGAUAGCAGGAAUAGCUCAGUCAGCAGAGCAUGGGACUCCUAAGCUCAGGGUUGUGGGUUUGAUCUCCACACUGGGCACUAGAUGACCCUGGUGGUCCCUUCCAAUUCUACUAUUGUUCCUGUUGCGAAUUUUACUGUGUCACCCUCUACCUUAGUGGGUCAUGCAUGCAUUCUGAAGGAUGCUUUUUCGGGGUAGGGCAGGGGACACGGGAGAUGAGCUUGUGGAGCCAUUGUUUCUUAAGCCAUACCUAGGCUGGUCUUCUUAAUUUUACCUGCCGCCCUCCAAUCCCUCCCGCCCUCUUUCAGGAGCUCACCAGGAGACGGACAGGUGCUGCCGGGAACACGACCACUGCCAGCACGUCAUCCACCCUUUCACCUACAAGUACGGGUACCGCAAUUUCCGAUGGCACACCAUCAGCCACUGCGACUGCGAUAACAGGUGAGCAGAAGGGAGGGGCGGGGUUUGGGAGGAAGUUUCUCCAGGGCCCCCAAAACACAGAACCACAGAAUAGCAGUGAUGGUAAAGGUAAAGGGGCCCCUGACCAUUAGGUCCAGUCGUGACCGACUCUGGGGUUGCGGUGCUCAUCUCGCUUUACUGGCCGAGGGAGCCGGCGUACAGCUUCCGGGUCAUGUGGCCAGCAUGACGAAGCCGCUUCUGGCGAACCAGAGCAGCACAUGGAAACGCCGUUUACCUUCCCACCGGAGCGGUACCUAUUUAUCUACUUGCACUUUGACGUGCUUUUGAACUGCUAGGUUGGCAGGAGCAGGGACCGAGCAACCCCGUCGCGGGGAUUCGAACCGCCGACCUUCUGAUCGGCAAGUCCUAGGCUCUGUGGUUUAACCCACAGCGCCACCCACGUUCCGGUAGUGAUGGUAGUGCCAUGCAAGAAUAGGCAACUGUUUCAUACGGGGAUCACACCCACAACCUUAGCAGGUUACCAGCACCACGCUCUAACCAACUGAGCUAUUGCCUCUCGUGCAAAACGCUGGCCCUGCAGUUUCCAAAAGUGAGGCGGAGGAGCCCCUCUUCAACCCUGCCUCCCCCUCCAUAUAUUUCUUCCAAACACCCAGAUCUUCAAGGCCAGCCCAGAUAAGGCGGCAGAAAUCUGUGCAGCUAUUGUGUGUUAUAACAUAGAAAACCUCAAACAACGCAAGACCAAGACGUCAGGGGGUUGCCAGGGUUUGAGCUCCAGCUUUGCAUGCAGAAGGGCCCAGGUUCAAUCCCCAAUGGCACAGAACUGUAGAGUUGGAAGGGAACCCAGGGGUCAUCCAGUCCAACCCUCUGCAAUGCACAACACAAGGUUAGUGUGGGUUUUAAAAAAAAUAAAAUACAAAAAUUAAAAGGAUGUGUUUUGAGAGCCCCCUUGGGAUUUUUCAAAUGGAAAAGCUAGAUGUUUAUUCUAUGCAGAGUAAGUGAAAUGGAAACCCCUCCGCCUUUUUUUUAUAGGUUAAAGGCAUGCCUGCGAGCCGUGAACGACACAGCCUCCCGCGUGGUGGGCCAGGCCUUCUUCAACGUCAUCCAAGUGCCUUGCUUUGAGUUUGCCUACAAAGAGCAAUGUGUGGAGCCUUAUCUCUACGUCUGGUAAGCGGCUCUUAGUUCCUCCUCUGCCCCCAGCAACCUCCUCUUCAAACUUGAGCAACAGAAGCAGGAUGAGUGCUCAAGAAACGGCUCUGCUAUUAUUGCCACAGCAGAACAGAGCGGGCUUUUCCAUCAAAGCACAAACAGAGGGGCUGGGAGUUGGGAGAGGCUGCUUUGAAUGCAGAGGGAAACAAGGGAAGGAAUGAGCAGAGGGGGUGUUGUUGAUGAUGAUUUUUAUGCUAUUUUCUUAUUGCACUUAAAACCCUGCAAGGUAGAUUAGGCUGAGAGACAGUGACUGGCCCAAAGUCACAACCAGGGAGCUUCAUGGCUGAGUACAGGGGGAUUUGAACCCAGAUCCUAGUCUGACACUCUAACCACUAUGCCAUACUGUCCAACUCUUCUCCCUCUGGGGAUUCCGGCCUGGUUGCCUCCCUCCCCAUUCCUAGCUUUUAUUCAAGACAGAGGCUGCCUGGUUUUCUUUUCUGCUGGUAGAAUCGUGGUUUUCAAUGAGGUUGCACGUUUUAAAUUCUUUCACGUGAUUUUUUAUCAUUGCUUGGAAAGCUGCAGUUUGGUUUUAGUGGGCUUUAUCUUUUCUAUGCUCUACAGUUACAAAAGCACUUUUGCUAAACUCACCUGGGAGGAUCAGAAUUUAUUCAAAUCAAUUAUCAAGAAGGGAGCCUGCAACUAGGGCUGGCUGGACUUGGCCUUAAAAUGAAACGAAAGAAACCUGCUCCAGAAUAAUCCAGAUUCUGCAAACAUGUGCUGUAUGCAAAUAUGGGAAAAAUGCACAUUUUCUUUCCAUGCAUGUAAUUUAUCCUGCUGGUGGUAGUCACAGGUGUGUGGCUAUGGGUGCCAGAAGCACUGCCAGGCCUUGAAACACACACCUCGUCUCCCCAGCUAAUCAUAUGACUUCUGAAGCAAUGGUAGCACAAGGACUAGAAACUUGACCUCUUUCAUUUUAAAGCAGAGGUGGGGAAAUUUGUUGGGCUUCACCUCCCAUCACCCUCCCUGGGGUUAACAGGGCCUGAAGUCCAGCAACACCUGGAAGACCACAGGAUUCCCCACCCCUGCUUUAUCAAGCGGUCAGGUUUCUAGUCCUCAGCAUCCCUACUUUGAAAUGAGCCAAAAUGAUGCCCCCAGCCUGUGAAGUUUCCCCUGUGUGCUCAGGGAAUCCCUGCAACUCCUGGUUAACUGUGUCUGCUCAAUUUUUGCCAGGUGCAAGAACUACACAACCGUGGCAGUUGCCGUGGCGCAAGAUCCGGUGCUGUACGAAUACGGCGGGGGGCUCAUAGACGGGCUGGCAACCCGUCAGCCACCCCCGGCAAAGUCUUCCACCACCACCACCUCCUUCCGUCUGUCGGUGGGUUCAUCUCCUCUUCCCCGCAAGCCGGCCCCGGCUGUUGUGGCAGCGGCUGGGACCACUCCUGCUCCCCAGGCGAGGCCCAGCGACACCCCCAAGAAGCAGCGGAAGGGCAAGGGCAAAGGAAGAAAAGGCAGAAGGGGGAAAGGCUUGAAGAAGAAGAAGGCAGAGGCAAAGGCUGCGACCGUUCCUCAUCCGGCGAGAGAGGACCCCGCCGCCUUCCCAAAGCAGCUGGUGGAGCAAGAGCCGGCCAAGGUGGACUUCCAAGACCCCGUGGGGCCUCCGGACUUAGGGGAGGAAGAUCUGUUCAAUGCCAUCCUUGGCGACGACCCUGCAGGAUUGGCCGAACCAGGGGGCAGACAACCAACUGCUCUGCCCAAGGCCCCCCCCAGGCCCCCCACUGUCCAGCCUCCUCCGAGGAAGAGGAAAGGGAGGAGGAGGCGGCUCAGGGAGAGAGAUGGACAGUCCCAGCAUUUGCCCCACCCAGACUCGGGGGGCAAGAUCUCCGCAGUCCAGGCUGCGUAAUAAACAGGCAGAAUCAGAUUGAGCCCAAAGACCCUGACUUUACGUGUGUGCUCCCCUCCAGGGGAGGGCAGGGAAACAUCUGGAGGACAGGGAAACGUCUGGAGGAGCCGAGGGUACCUGGCACCCACCCUGCCCAGUCAAAAGGUGCUUGCCUGCCAAAGUCCGCUGGCACCAAGUGUCCCAUCCCAGGAAGUCUAUACAUGCACUCGAAAAUGAAAUCCUGCCAAGUCGUGCAAACUGGCGCCCGUUUGCUUGCAUUUUGCGGGAUUUCGUCUGCCAGGUGGCAGAAGCAAAACAGGACACAAGACCACCUCCCAAAACCCCAAUAGCUCUGCCCAGGGGGCACAGCAGCUGCUCUGCAGGCAGAAGGCCUCAGGGCUCAAGCCCCAAGCCCAGUUGGUGCCAACCUGAUGUCGCUCCUCAGGUGUUUUGGACCAAGGCUCCCUAACCCUGACACUGCUGCAGUUUGUUGAAAAAUAGAGAGAGUAUGUGAUCAGAAAUGCUUGUUACUUCCAGGACAGACAGACAAUCCUCAGGUAGAGAGAAACAGCUUGAUCCUGAACACUUGGGAGUUCUAGUCACAGGUAGGUAGCUGUGUUGGUCUGCCAUAGUCGAAACACAAUUAAAAAAAAUAAAUCCUUCCAGUAGCACCUUAGAGACCAACUAAGUUAGUUAUUGGUAUGAGCUUUUGUGUAUCUGAAGAAGUGUGCAUGCACGCGAAAACUCAUACCAAUAACAGACUUAGUUGGUCUCUUAAGAUGUUACUGGAAGGAAUUUUUUAUUUAUUUUUUAAAAUUUUGUUUCGACUUGGGAGUUCUUUAGCAUCAAUGUCUGCAUUGCAAGGGAUUGCAAUGCAGACAGUCCCUUCCUAUUCUGUUAUGAUGAAAAAUAAAGCAGC